AUGGGUGAAAGCAAAUCAGACGAUGCGAUGAGAGAAAAUCAGAGAGACACUGGGACUGGACAACAACUGACGCAACAACAAGACGCUCCCACAGAUUCUGCGACUAGCGACUUUAUCCCCACCGAUCUAACAGAAUCGAUUCCAGACAAUUCAAGUGAAGCUCCUCCGACUGCAUCGCCCACAAUUGUUCCUCUCCGAGUGGCUUGUGCAGGGGAUAGCUUGACGCUGGGAAGAAGCGGAAAUAGUGGAGCCUCUUACCCUACCCUACUUCAGAGAUUGCUGGGCACCGGCUUUGGAGUCCGUAACUAUGGAAGAAAUGCUGUCAAUGUCAUUGAAGGUUUUGGUGUACCGUACAUAGGUACCCAUAACUUUGGAUUCUCCAUGGAUUUGGAUCCCGAUAUCUAUUUGCUCAUGUUGGGAACAAACGAUGUGAGGUUUUGGAAGGCUGCUAGUCACAGAUUUUUCGCGGGUAUGAAAGCGAUAAUAAAACAAGUCAGAGCAGCUUCACCCGGCGUCCGAAUCAUAUUGGCGAUACCACCAUGGGUCCAGCCAAACGAUUUUGGAAUCUCUAACGACAUUUUGCUCAACGAUAUUCAACCAAGAAUACGAGAGGUGGCAUGGGCCCAACAGGUAGAAUUGGUGGACAUGUACAAACCGACUUUCAAUCAACAUGACAUGUACAGUUUCGACAACUUGCACCUCAAUGAAAAAGGUUAUGCAGCGCUUGCUCAAGUUUGGCAGAUGCAGAUCUUGUGCAACAAUAAUGGUGUAUGUGAUAUUGGGGAGAGUUGUGAAACUUGUCGUCAAGACUGUCUUGAGCAAUGUACACUGUUUUAG